UUAGUAACCAACGCUGUGUUCGCGAGGCUGAAUGUGGUUGUACUGACGACGACGGGCAAUAAUCCCCGGAUGGUACUGAAUUCGUCUCCAAAGACUGUUCAUUAGUAAGACAAUGUACAGCAGUAGGUAACGAUAUGAAGAUUGUUGUCAAGGAAACGAGGGACCCAUGUGGUACUAACGCUGAGUGUAAACCUGAGGAUGGUCAAUACACGUGUGUAUGUAAGGCACGGCAUACAGGAGAUCCUCUGAAGGCUUGUACAGAAAUAACCUGUGGAGCUAACGCCCACUACGUCAAAAAGGUGACUGCCUGUCCUGCCUCAUGUCAGGCUCCUAAAGCCCCUAUCAGGUGUAGGAAACCCAUGGCAGAAGGCUGUGCUUGUGACAAGGGAUUUGUAACGAAUGAAGGACAAUGUAUACGUGUUCAGGAGUGCGGAUGUAGAGAUGAUGAUGGGACUCAAUAUCGGGACGUUCGGAAUUUGUCUCCAGUGACUGUUCAGAAGUUAAGCAGUGUACAGCAGUAGGUAACGAGAUGAAGAUUGUUGUCAAGGAAACGAGGGAACCAUGUGGUACUAACGCUGAGUGUAAACCUGAGGAUGGUCAAUACACGUGUGUAUGUAAGGCACGACACACAGGAGAUCCUCUGAAGGCGUGUACAGAAGCGAAAAAGCCGCAUUGUAUAGCCGAAACAAAAAUAUCGUGCUCGAGUGCAAAAGGCCACCCACGGCGGUGUACGAAACCUGUGAUAAAAUACCUCACCUGGGUAUCUAAGACAGAUGACCUGAAAUGUGUGUUCGGUCUCAGCUAUGGCCGACAGAAGAACGAAGUAUGGGUUAACGGAGAGUGUGGCGGUACCUUUGAUGUAUGCUAUAUACCAGAAAAUAUUUCGUACGAGCCGAAAACAACUCCAGUAACAUCUGUUAAAAACAAGCCCGGAAGUGAAUACGAAAGAAAGGAUAAGAAAAACGAUCUUGAGAUUUUCCUUGUAUUUUUCCAUUCAAUAAAAUGA